AUGGGUAAAGCGCUUAGUAAGGUGGCUUCUGCCGAUGGUGUGCAGCAAGGAUCAGUUCUUGACCGAGUCAUAUCGCAGCCGAGCAGUGAGGAUCACACAGUUUUGUACAAACUUGCCGAUUAUAAAAAGGGUGGUCUCUUACUCGAGACGUACGCCAAAGGUGGAAUGGUAGCGGCAGAAAAGUUAAUUAAAGAGGAGUUUGCAGCUUAUAUGUACGCUGGCGGCAGGGGAAGAGUAAUUAACAGAGCGGAGUACCUUCGAUGGAAGUUCAGGGACCAAGAGCAGGUGGUGUUGCCAAUAGAAGCAUCUCUUUCUCCGCACGACCCGCUGGCGAAGUGGGAGGAUCAUACAGCCUGCUGGCAGAUGUGCUAUAGGGGUGCAUUAGGAGAAUCCCUUCUGCAUGUACUCAUCAUUUGCGAUACUAAGAUACACACACGGCUAGCCAGGACACUGGUAAAGUGUUUCCCGAAACUGUCAUUAGAUGUCGUUGAAGGUGAAGAAUAUUUAGGGGCCAGUUCCUUACACCUGGCUAUUGCAUACAGUAACAACGAGCUCGUGCAAGACUUGGUUGACGUAGGCGCCGAUGUUAUGCAGAGAGCUAUCGGCAGUUUCUUCCUCCCUCGGGAUCAGCAACGUGUGCCACCUGCGAGGCAGACGAACUACGAAGGUCUGGCGUACCUCGGAGAGUAUCCUUUAGCGUGGGCAGCCUGCUGCGCCAAUGAAGGAGUGUACAACUUGCUUUGUGAUUCCGGAGCAGAUCCCGAUGCACAAGACUCGUUCGGUAAUAUGAUUCUCCAUAUGGUGGUCGUUUGCGAUAAACUGGAUAUGUUCGGCUACGCACUUCGUCAUCCAAGAAUACCGGCAAGCAAUGGACGCAUGAACCUGGCUGGUUUCACUCCUUUAACUCUAGCUUGUCAGCUAGGUCGAGCAUCGGUAUUCAGGGAAAUGUUAGAACUCUCCGCUAAAGAGUUCUGGCGUUACUCCAAUAUUACAUGUUCCGCUUACCCUCUUAAUGCACUGGAUACAUUACUACCUGAUGGGAGAACCAAUUGGAAUUCGGCAUUGUUUAUUAUUUUGAAUGGUACAAAACAAGAACAUUUAAACAUGUUGGAUGGUGGUAUAAUUCAAAGGUUACUAGAAGAGAAAUGGAAGACAUUUGCGAGGAACAAAUUCCUGAAACGUCUCCUAAUAUUGAUGCUGCAUCUCUUGUUGCUAUCUAUCUCCGUAUACCUGCGCCACAGCAGCGCAGAAGCUGACGCGAACCCUAACUGGGGCUUAGAAGUUUCUGAUGCGCGAACCGGUUUGAGGAUGGCAAGUGAAUUGGGCACUAUUGCAAGCACGUUAUGUUAUAUUAUUCUGCAGCAGGGUGAUGAAAUAAAAAAUCAAGGUUUAGUGGCAUAUUUUAAGCAGUUGAUUCACGAACCAGCCAAGUUUAUAUUCUUAACCUCAAACAUACUAUUGUUGGCAUGCAUACCUGCGCGGCUGACGAAACAUUCAAUGUUGGAAAACGCUCUGCUCAUAUUUUUGCUACCCGGAUCUUGGUUUUUGCUCAUGUUUUUUGCGGGGGCCGUAAAGUUGACUGGUCCAUUCGUUACAAUGAUCUACAGCAUGAUCACAGGCGAUAUGUUCACCUUCGGUAUUAUUUAUUCCAUCGUACUGUUCGGAUUCUCGCAGUCCUUCUAUUUUCUAUAUAAAGGGUUUCCUAACGUUCAAACCACAUUGUUUGGUAGCUAUGCGAGUACCUGGAUGGCUCUAUUUCAGAUCACAUUAGGAGACUAUAGUUACACCGACCUAGGCAUGACGACGUAUCCGAACUUGUCGAAAACGGUGUUCGCAAUAUUUAUGGUAUUUGUGCCGAUCUUGCUUCUAAACAUGUUAAUUGCCAUGAUGGGCAACACAUACGCACAUGUUAUAGAACAAUCUGAAAAGGAGUGGGUUAAACAGUGGGCAAAAAUAGUAGUGUCCCUAGAAAGAUCAGUUGCCCAAGAGGAUGCUCAUAAAUACCUUCAAGAGUACUCUAUAGGUCUUGGACCGUCUGACGACCCUCGAUAUGAAGUGCGAGCCGUGAUGGUUAUCAAGAGUAAAUCUAAAACAAGAGCCAAGCAGAGGAAAGGGGCGUUAGCCAAUUGGAAGCGAGUAGGAAAAGUGACAAUAGCGGAACUUCGUCGUCGAGGCAUGAGCGGCGAGGAGCUGAGACGGUUGAUGUGGGGCCGCGUGUCCAUCUCUACACCCACAAAGCAGCCGCGACGCGGAGCUGUAGCACCGCCCCCUGACUGUCUAGCUUCAGCGGAGGCGGGCCGCAUGACCCUUCCUGGGGUUCAAGGGCCGCUGUCGGGAGCAGUGGGAGAAGGCGUCGGCCCCGCGCUGUCUUCUGCACUCAAUGUCAUGGCAUUUACCCAUGAAUUGGACCUGACAACUAGCUCCACUGGACCUAUACAACCAACUCCAGAUCUACUAGUUAAUGGAAAAUCAGUACCUUCUGUUGCAACUUCAACAAUUUCGAUUCAUUCUCCAACUACGUCUCCAAAUCAACUAAACGUCCCAAUAACACUACCCAAUAACGUUAACCAAUAUCUUUCCAAGACAAAUGUGGAUGCUAAAGUUGGAACUGGGGCUGCGGGAAUGCAAGCAAGUUCAGGUUUACCAAACAUUGGGCUAAAAAUACCAAUAACUGGCGGGCUAACUACGACAGGUGUUAGUAAAAUACAACCGUUUCCGAAUAUACCAUCGGGCACUAGUCCUAGUGUACCCAUAGCUGUUGGAGCUGCAUUGCCAACGGCUGCUGGUCCAGGGUUACCAACGAGUGCAAGCCCCGUGAACCCGCAUCAGGGACAACCUGCACAAGGCCAGAUAUUGAUACAGGAUACAUCGCAGAUAAUAGAAAUUCAGAUACAAAAGCCUGUUAUUCCUCCGGACGAAGUGUAUCGAGAUUUUUUGUUUGAGCUCAUCAAACUAGAAUGUUCACGGGAGUAUGACAGCGCACAGCUGAAGGCUUUGGCUGAAGGAGCUGCCGAUUUGACACAUGUGCCCGAGAUCGACAUCAGUAUUUGUACAGCAGCAAAAUCAUCGCGUCGUGUAGUAGCAGGUGCCGUAACCGGUUUGUUUGGAGUCGCAGCGACUGCUCAACCAGCGGCCGAAGCUGCUUGGCGACGAGAUCGUAAUGAGAACAGUGACAGCGAUCCUAUAUCCGAGUCAGUUCUUCUUGGUCGUGCGUCUCGUGCUAGGAGGGCCCGCUCCGCGUCACGUAGAGCCGCACCCCCUCCUCCGCAUUUAUACGUACCAGCCAGGUCCAUGUAUUUGGUAGCAUCUGAAAGCAGUGCUGUGGAAAGUGAUGCACCUUGGGACGAGCACCCUAGUUCGGGAAACAGUUCGUAA